AUGCAAGUGAACAGUGAAGACAUUACUGUUGCAUGGGGUCAACAGCCCCAUCAACUAGACUCACAGUACGGAAAAUGGCGGCUGGCAGUCUUCCAAGACGUCCAGGAGUCGAUUGACGGAACGAAACUCUAUUUCUUAUACGAUCCUCAAGCAGAUGAGCAGAGCGGAACAAGCGGACAAAGAAAGGGAUAUCCUGGCUUAAUCAUCUUUGACACAAACUUUAGAUGUUUCGCCGGCGAAAUUGCUAUUCACAGUCCAGGUAUCGCAGUUGUUCAGUUUUCCCGACAUUUAGUUCAUUAUUUUAGGCAAAAUGAAGUUUUUGUUUGCUCUGAAAUGCCCAGCGCCACAAGGUGGAUCUGCUUUCGUUCUCGUCACCGAAGAGGAAGUUUAUGGCCAGGUCCGCUUGAAUGUGUCUCGUGUUGACCUUGCUCAAGACGGACUUUCAAUUGCAAAUGUCCGCCCGCUCAUCCAACAGGCUCUCGUGAUUGGCGGUGAAUACAUUUGCUCAAUGCGUGAAGAUCUUCCGGAGAUUGUUGUCAUGGCUAACCCGGGGCUUCAGGUAUUUCUGCUUAACACUUUUGUUUUGAAGUGAUUUCAUAUUACAUUACAGAUCUGGCGCAUCGAUUGCAUGGCCGAGUCUCCACGAGCUCCAGUGGCUAACUUUACUGUUCCCGGCGCUGACCUCAAUCAUUUCUACGAUGGAUUUUUGAACAAUGGAAAUAUUAUUUUCUUGUCUGCAACCCCCGAUGGACACUUUGACAAUACUCGAGUUCAUUUGCUGAGUUUGAGUAAUCCUGCACAUGUAAGUUUCAUUUUUUUACGCGAAAUGAAUCAAAUUGAAUUGCAGAUUACUUCACAGAACUGCAGUGGAGAUCCAUCCCGUGGAAUGCCGAUUCCAAGAAAGCAAUGUGGAUUCGAUUCUAUCACCAGUGAGUAAAACGGAAUUCAUUCACAGAAAAAUUUAUAAUCGAUCUAUCUUUUUUGCAGACGCAAUCCUCAUGGCUGGAGGAGAAGUGGACCGUGGCUACGGAAACUUUGAGCGUCUCAUCGAUUACUGGGUUCUGGACACUCGUACGUUCCAAUGGAUGCAAAUCCCGUCUCAAAUGCCGUGCCCGUUGAUUGAGCCUCGUCUUACCGCAUGUCAUUCUGGAAACAUUUACGUCUGGGGAGACUUUGACGAACCGCUGCCAGGAAUGCCACCAAAUGGAACUCAUCUGCGUAUCCUUCGUGUGACUGGUCUCGAAAAAGCCGGACACCCACCGGCGUACACUUCCUACAACCCUGCCCCACCGGCAUACCCAUCUUUGGAUGGUACUAAGGGUAAGUCACAAACAAACUUUUGAGUGCAUACAACCAUAAACACAUUUUUCUAGGCGGACAACAAGCUCCGCCAUACCCAGUGUACAACCCAAAUCAAACUAGUUAUGGAGCAGGCGGAGGAGACACUUCCAACUAUCAAGGAGGAUCCGGUUACCCAGGACAAGGACAGAAUCUGCAACAUGGAAACGCUGGAUACGAUCAACCACAAGGCGGAUUUAACCCGAACCAGCAAGGAACUUACACUUCUACUUCCGAUGGACAGACCGCUUACUAUCCAACUCAGAAGAAAAAGAAGGACUGCUCUAUUCAGUAAACAGUGAUUGUGUACAUGAUUAUAUACACGGAACCAACUACAUAAUGUGAUUACUCGAUAAUUUGUACAUGCAUAAUAUUUUCUACUUCGUAUGUGCAUAAUAUUUUUGUUUCAAGCACGCAUAAAUUAAUUUCUGUACAAUGUUUGUGUAUCUUUUUAAAAAAAUAAAUUGAAGAAUUAGAAAUCGGAAGCUGAAUGUUGAUUUUCAUCAGUUUGAAACUUCAAAACGAGAUAUGAUAAGUUAUUAUAUGUAAAAAAGAAAACAAAAGUUUUCCUGAACUAUAUGUGUUGGUUUUUCAAAAUUAAUAUUAAAAUUAAUGUUUACGUGUUCUUUGAUUUAUUGUUUCUCAAAAAUGUUAUUCAUCUCGCUCAUUGAAUCAAAUUACUUCCGUAUUUCAAGGUUUCACACUACGUCACGCCGUUUGAAGGCAAUUUUUCAGCUCCAGUCAUCAUGAAAACACGCUAUUGAUGAGAAAAGAGAGCGAGCGAGAGAGUGAGGGCAGACACAACCAAGUGUCGGGUACACAUACCCCGUUAUUUUGCCGUUUAGAAAAAUAUCUGAAAUAAUUAAUUUUGGAAUAUGCUAUCGUAUGAAAUGUGUUUAAUUUUUUUAAAUUAUAGUCUUUAUUUGCUUCGAAUAUCAGUUUUUUAAAUCAAUCAUUUUCAAGAACAGUAUUGCAGAGAUAUCUUUAAUUGAUCCUUCGAAACACUACAAAUCAAUUUCAGGCAUGUCAGCCGGAACUGUGAAUGUUCUGCAAAACGUUUUCAAAACUUUUGUCAAACAAGCGCUGAAUUCGAUUCCAACUGGCACCACAGGUAUCAGCGUCACUGCCAACGCACCAGGAAAUGUUGGGCAAAGACCGUUCACCAAUCGUGCUGGCAUGCUCAAAGUAAGUUGUAGUUUCCGCUGCAGUUUAAUGUACAGAAUUACCAAAGCAAUAUUUUUCAGCUAAUCGUAGUAUGCUCAAGCUCACUUUACAUCGGCGGAUUGAUUGCUCAUAAAGGAGCGUCGUACUUGGAAGAAAAUGAGAUUUUCGUUCCGACCGACGAAGAUGAUGAUGAUUAA